GACCGUUUGCCCCCCCCAAACCCCGGACAGCCCGAUUUCUCCCUGCUAGCCUGGCUGGAGAGACGCAAAACCAGCCAGUCAGCGCCCACAUGGCCCAUCGCCUGAUUCGGCAUCCCGCUGCGACGGGGGCCUGGAUCUUCCUGUUUGGGCGUUGGGAGAGGUCUUUGACCCUCCGGCGCUGCCAGUGAAUGGGCCCGGCCAACCAGCGCUGGUGGAGUUAUACUGGCUGCCCAGAGUCACAUUCGAACCGCUCUUGCCUGUUCGAGCAGUCUAUUUCUCUUUGCUUCUCUCCCUCUCUUUUUCUCUUCUUUUAUUCUUCUCCUUCUCUCUUUCUCUCCUCACCUUCUUUCUUCUUUCUCCACCAUUCUUCUCUAUCUUAUUGUCUCUUUCUUCUUCUUUCUCUCUUGCUCUACAUCCUCUUCAAGCAAGUGUCAAGCUCCCCCCUACCCCUUAGAGGCCUCUUGUCAUUUGCACCUUAUUUUUUUUUUUCUUUCCCCUCUACCCUGAUCGACUUCUCACCAAAAAUAUCUCCUCCCCCUUGUGACUCUCUUAGGGGCCAAGUCACAAUGACUUCCCCUCCUGACAAGGUGGUUUCCACCGACGAGAAGGUCCAUGAGUCUGAGGCCUCCUCCUCGACCUUCGCUGAUGGCAUAGCGUAUCCUGCUGCUGAAAAGACUCAUUUGGCGGUGCCCCCUCCCAAGGCUACUUCGCCCGAGGCUGAGGCUACUCUCGAUCAGUUCGAGCAUACUCCUACUGACGGCAAGAUCGAGCUGACCGAAGACGAAUGCUACGAUCAGUUGGGCUAUUCCUUUCCUAGCUGGAAAAAAUGGACCAUCAUCUUGGUCAUCUUUCUCGUUCAGACUUCGAUGAACUUCAACACCAGUCUCUACUCGAACGCUCUCACGGGAAUCUCGGAGGAGUAUGGUGUCAGCAUGCAGGCUGCCCGUUGUGGCGCCAUGAUCUUUCUGGUGUUGUACGCCUUUGGUUGUGAACUUUGGGCUCCCUGGAGUGAGGAAGUUGGCCGAAAGCCAAUCUUGCAGCUCAGUUUGUUUCUUGUCAAUAUCUGGCAGCUUCCUGUCGCGCUGGCCCCUAACUUCGCCUCGAUCAUGGUUGGCCGUGCCCUCGGUGGUCUUUCGUCUGCCGGUGGCUCCGUCACGCUUGGUAUGAUUGCAGACCUUUGGGAAGCUGAUGACCAGCAGUAUGCUGUGGCCUGUGUAGUCUUUUCCUCUGUGGGUGGCUCCGUCCUUGGUCCAGUCAUUGGUGGUUUUGUCGAAGAGUAUCUUCCCUGGAGGUGGAACAUCUGGAUCCAACUCAUCUUUGGCGGAUUCGUUCAAAUCGCCCAUUUCCUUUUUGUUCCGGAAACCAGAACCACCAUCAUGAUGGACAAAAUCGCCAAGAAGAAGCGUGCCAGCGGCGAGAACCCCAACAUCUACGGUCCCAACGAAUUGGUUCCCUACAAGGAUCGCUUCUCGAUGCGCGAAAUUCUCAUUACCUGGAUUCGCCCCUUCAAGAUGUUCUUGACUGAACCCAUUGUGCUCACCUUGUCCUUGCUCAGUGGUUUCAGUGACGCCUUGAUUUUCAUGUUCAUCCAGUCUUUCGGCCUCGUCUACAAGCAGUGGGGGUUCACCACCGUCACUCUUGGUCUGUCGUUCUGCUCCAUCCUUGUCGGUUACAUCAUUGCGUGGGCGUCGUUUAUCCCCGUCAUCAGACGCAACAUUGCUGAACGCCGCGCGAAGCCUGAUGAUGAACGUGCCCAGUACGAGUCCCGUCUCUGGUGGUUGCUUUACACUGCGCCAUGCUUGCCUAUUGGCCUGAUCGGAUUUGCAUGGACCAGUCUGCCCAAUUGCCAUUGGAUUGGAACCAUGGUCUUUGCGGCCAUCAUUGGUAUCGCCAACUACUCCAUCUACAUGGCCACCAUUGACUACAUGAUUUGCGCCUAUGGUCCCUACUCGGCGUCGGCGACUGGUGGAAAUGGCUGGUCCCGAGACUUCCUAGCCGGUGUUCUUACCAUUCCUGCGACACCUUUCUUUACCAGUAAGCAACCUCUGACCCCUUUGCUUCUUCCAAUACUGACCAAAUUCAUAGACAUUGGCGGCAAGAACCAUCUCGAAUACGCAUCUACGAUUCUUUUCUGUAUCUCGUUCAUUUUGGUUAUCGCCGUCUACGCCAUCUAUUGGUAUGGCCCGACCCUCCGCAAGCGAUCGCCCUUUGCCCAGCAGCUUUCCGACGCAAGGGCUGAACUGCACGACAACCUUCAUGCUCGACAGAUUGGUCGCGUCCCCGAAGGUUCCAGAGCCAACUCGUUUGCAAGGUCGCAGCAGAACCUCCGCAUCCGACAGACACUCGGCAGCCGCCAGGGUAGCUACAUUGCGUCUCGUGGUAACUCUCGUGUCAACUCCCGCGUUAACUCGCGCGCCAACUCUCGCAGGAACAGUGUUUCUCACUGAGCCCUGCUUCUCACGCCUUUGAUGACCGGUGUGGCGCCAGCUGAUGACGUCACCGACAUGAAUGAUGAAAGCUAUGUGUUUUCAGAACCUGAAGAAGAC